AUGGAUGAAGUUGAAUCACUGUUUCGUCAAUUAGAACAGGUCAACGCCAGACCUGAGUCUAAUCCUAGUGCUAAAGAAAACGGAUUACAAGAAAACCAAGAUUUGGUCAAGUUAGACGAUGAGCAUGCCCACGAUGGGUUUGAAAGUAUAGAGAAGAGUUUAAAACAGUUGCCAAAACUACAGAAUGGGUUUGAUAAAUUGGAUGCUCCAAAAGCUGUGGAAUCAAAGUCCUAUGCUGUAGGGAAGGAGAAGAAAAACCAACACGAGGGCCCUACAAAUGAAGAAUGGUUUACGCUACCUACACCAACCGGUGAAUUUGCGCAUAGAGUACAGAGAGAUUUGCAAUUGAUAAAGCAUAGAGCUUCAUUAGAUCCAAAACGUCAUUAUAAGAAGGAAAAAUGGAAUGCGCCUGAGAGAUUUGCAGUGGGGACAAUUAUUGAAGAUAAGUCGGAGUAUUUCAGCGGGCGUCUGCCGCGUAGACAAAGAGGUGAAACAAUGCUAUCGACGUUGUUAAAAGAUGUGGAUUCGAGGAGCUAUUUAAAGAGAAAGUACGGUGAAAUUCAGACUGAAAAGAGAGGUAAGAGAUUUGGUAAGAAUAAGAAGAAGGGGAAACGUUAG